UCUCCCCUCCCCUCAGCCUCACCCCACUCCCUGCCAGCAUCCCAGGGUUUCUUUCCACCCUGGGGGUCUCUGUGCCUCUCAUCCUCCUCUCUACUUGCCUCCUCCCUCAUCGCAGGUUGAGCAGGCGCCCCUCCUUUUCUGCCCAGGCAUCCCCGCCCCCCAACGCUAUCACCGCCACUGUCUCUUCUUCCUCGUCUUCUCCUCUCCCCACCCUCUCCUCUCCUCUCUUCUCCCUGCCCCUUUAAAUCUGCCUGGCCCAGCCUCCCCCGUGAUGCUGGGAUGGAGCAAACAUUGAUUUGUGCUGGGAUGGAAUCAGAAUUUUGAUUUUUUUUUUCCUCUCCCAACCAUAAGAAGAAGAAAAUAAUAAAAACACCCCCUCUUGAUAGCCCCCUCUCUCUUCCCAUCCAGCUCCCAGCUCCUCUUCCUGACCUCCAUCCAAGGCAGAUUUUUUUCCCCUACACUAUUCUCAUCUCCCCCUACCCCUGCCACUACCUCGCGCGCCCCCCACUGCCUGCUCCUCUGGCUGGGGAGAGAGGGGACUCUCUCCUGCGGCUCCCCCACCUGGGCUCUCCGGGUUGGAGCAGUCUCUCCGGAAGGGGAGGGGGCUUGUCUUGUCUGGGCGAGGUGGGAGUGGAGGUAUCCUGCCAUGGAUGCUGUGCCUGGGAGGCAGCCUGAGCCCCAGUCCACAUGCCACUCAGGAUGAGGGUCCGGCCCUGCCUGCCCGCGCUGGGCGCCCCCCGCCUGGCCCCGGUCUAACUGCCCCCGCCCCCAGGCCUCACCCGGCUCCCAGGCCCCCAGCCGGCUUCUCCAGCCCCAGGAUGCGCUGACCCACCGGGGGGCUGAGGCCGCGCCAACUACAUGCAUGUCCCCGGGGGCAAGUUCGACUUUGACGACGGGGGCUGCUACGUGGGGGGCUGGGAGGCGGGGCGGGCACAUGGCUACGGCGUGUGCACGGGGCCCGGCGCCCAGGGCGAGUACAGCGGCUGCUGGGCGCAGGGCUUCGAGUCACUGGGCGUCUUCACGGGGCCCGGCGGACACAGCUACCAGGGCCACUGGCAGCAGGGCAAGCGCGAAGGGCUGGGCGUGGAGCGCAAGAGCCGCUGGACGUACCGCGGCGAGUGGCUGGGCGGGCUGAAGGGGCGCAGCGGUGUGUGGGAGAGCGUGUCCGGCCUGCGCUACGCCGGGCUCUGGAAGGACGGCUUCCAGGACGGCUACGGCACCGAGACCUACUCCGACGGAGGCACCUACCAGGGCCAGUGGCAGGCUGGGAAGCGCCACGGCUACGGGGUGCGCCAGAGUGUGCCCUACCAUCAGGCGGCCCUGCUGCGCUCGCCCCGCCGCACCUCCCUGGACUCGGGCCACAGCGACCCCCCGACGCCGCCCCCGCCCCUGCCCCUGCCCGGCGACGAAGGAGGCAGCCCGGCCUCCGGCUCCCGGGGAGGCUUCGUGCUGGCCGGGCCUGGGGAUGCUGACGGCGCGGCCUGCCGAAAGCGCACCCCCGCGGCCGGCGGGUUCUUCCGCCGCUCGCUGCUGCUCAGCGGGCUCCGGGCGGGCGGGCGCCGAAGCUCCUUGGGCAGCAAGAGGGGCUCCCUGCGCAGCGAGGUGAGCAGCGAGGUGGGCAGCACGGGACCCCCGGGCUCCGAGGCCAGCGGGCCCCCGGCCCCGGCGCCGCCCGCCCUCAUCGAGGGCUCGGCCACUGAGGUGUAUGCGGGCGAAUGGCGCGCCGACCGGCGCAGCGGCUACGGCGUGAGCCAGCGUUCCAACGGGCUGCGCUACGAGGGCGAGUGGCUGGGCAACCGGCGGCACGGCUACGGGCGCACCACCCGCCCCGACGGCUCCCGCGAGGAGGGCAAGUACAAGCGCAACCGGCUGGUGCACGGGGGGCGCGUGCGCAGCCUUCUUCCUCUGGCCCUUCGGCGGGGCAAAGUCAAGGAGAAGGUGGACAGGGCCGUCGAGGGCGCCCGUCGAGCCGUGAGCACUGCCCGCCAGCUCCAGGAGAUCGCCGCUGCCAGGGCAGCAGACGCCCUUCUAAAGGCAGUGGCAGCCAGCAGUGUCGCCGAGAAGGCUGUGGAGGCAGCUCGAAUGGCCAAACUGAUAGCCCAGGACCUGCAGCCCAUGUUGGAGGCCCCAGGCCGCAGACCCAGGCAGGACUCGGAAGGUUCUGACACAGAGCCCUUGGAUGAGGACAGCCCUGGGGUAUACGAGAAUGGACUGACCCCCUCAGAGGGCUCCCCUGAACUGCCCAGCAGCCCUGCCUCCUCCCGCCAACCCUGGCGACCCACUGCCUGCCGGAGCCCACUGCCUUCUGGAGGGGACCGAGGUCCCUUCUCCAGCCCCAAAGCUUGGCCUGAGGAGUGGGGGGGCCCGGGUGAGCAGGCAGAAGAACUAGCUGGCUAUGAGGCAGAGGAUGAGGCUGGGCUGCAGGGGCCAGAGCCCAGAGAUGGCUCCCCACUCCUCGGAGGCUGCAGCGACAGUUCCGGAAGUCUUCGAGAGGAGGAAGGGGAGGAUGAAGAGCCCUUGCUCCAGAUGAGGACCCCAGGGCGCUCGGAGCCGGAGCCCACAGCCUUGCCAGUCCUGAGGGGCCUGUCCUCGAGGGGUCCUGAAGCCGGGUGCCUGAUGGAAGAGGCUGAGGAGGCUGCUGCGUCUGAGAGGCCCGCCCAGCCGGGAGCUGCCAACCCAUUGGUGGUGGGAGCCGUGGCCCUUCUGGACCUCAGCCUGGCAUUCCUGUUCUCCCAGCUCCUCACCUGAGGCUCCUGCCUGGCCUAGUUCUGGCUUUGGUUGCUGCCUCUUCACUCCUCUGACCUGCCUUUUUCUCUUUUCUUCCUCCUGGUUGUUUUUUCUCCUAUCUUUCUUUCUCUUCUCCCUUCCCUUUCUUUUCUGUCCCCCUCUGGUUUUCUCUCUUGUUUUUUUCUUUCCCUCUCUCCUUUCAGAUUCAUUCCUUCUGGCUCCGUCUCUGUCUUCCUCACUCCCUUCCCCACCCACCCCUUCUCUCUCUCUCUAGAUUGUUUACAUAUGAAGGGCUUUUCUCGCUCAGAGUCGCUCUCUUCUCUGAGACACACAAUUCUAAGUCAGACCAUUGCCCCACACCCUCCCUGCCUUUUCUUUAGACCUGAACUUGGAUGAGGGUUGGGGUUUGGUGUCCUGAGGAGUCUCCCAGAAGCUGAGCAGAAAGGAAGGAGAAAAUGGAGAAGGGGUAUACUCUAUACGGGAGAAGACUGUAUCCUGGGCGAGGCACUGGCCAUGCUGCUGUGACUCCCUGACCCAAAGGGCCUGGCGUCCCUCUGAGGCCUAGUGAUAAAGCUGGAGGGGGUGCAGCCUCCAUCUCUGACCUUGGAGGAUCCUACCUCACCUCCAAGCACGGAGCUGGGUUCUUGCCGAGCUCCAUCCUUCCCUGAAGGAGAUGAGGGGAAUGAAAAGUAGAAUGGCUCCCCAGCAUCUUCUCCCUCUUUCUUUCCUCAACAGCCAGCCCCCUCAUCCAACCCCCUAGGGUGGCAUGCCAUGUCAAGAGCAACGUGUAAAGGAAAGAAAAUGUCCUAUGCGGCCAAGCCCACCCUCUCCCACCUUUCUCUCUCCCCCCCUAAAAGUUCGUUUGGUUGGUCUGGACUCACGUGUGGCCUUUGAUUAAAUUUCUACGGGACCUGAAGGAGACAUUUCUACUGCAGAGGGUUAGAGGCACCUGAGCAAGGACCCCACUCCCCAACUCGGGCAGUAGUGGCUGGGAAGGCAUUUCUGGAGAACAAACCAGACAAGCUAAUAAGAACUCACAGGGCAGCAGAAGCUGUUUAGUAGUCCCUAUGUGGGUUAUAGCCCUUCCCCCAUCAUAUCAGAAUCUUGUGAAAUGGGAAACCAACAGAAGGAGGGGAUCAAAGGAAGCCAGUCUCUCACACACUUUCCAGGCACAGCAGAGGUGAGAGUCAAAGCCGGGUGAGAGGUGGGUGGAGAGCCCUGUUUGAGGUUGUAGCUGAUCCCUGGUACUAGCUUUUCCCCUGGGGGCAGGAAGCCCUAGGAAGAGGGUACUGUAGGGUCCCCAGAGGAUCUUUCCUCCCUCCCCUGCAUGAGGCAGAGGCAAGCUGCCUGCCAACCCCCUCCCUCAAGGAAUGGCCUUGCCUGGGAAUGCCCACCACACACAAACUCUUCUUUUUUUCUAGUCAAACUCUGUUUACUCCUUGGCCUGCCUCCCUCUUCCUCCCCUCUCAACCUUUACUUCUAAUUUGUAUUUCAUGGAAUUUGGGAUUGAAGUUAAACUACAACAGUGCCACCAACACCAAGUCUUGCAGGAAAAAAAAAAUACAAAGAAAUUUAACAAAAAAAAAAUAUAUUAAUAAAAAAGUUCAAAAAAAGGGGGGGGGAAAUUGUCCUCUCCUUUGGGUGUGAUGGCUUCAAACCAAGCUCGCAGAGGCUCUCCGGGUAAAGGAGCCCUCUUGGGGACCCCCAGGCCUAUUAUUACCGUCUCGCCGGCCCUAAAUAGUUAAGAGUUCUUUCCCCUUAACUCCAAACCAGGAAGGCCUGAGCUAGAGGAUUCAGGACUGCUCUGCUGGUUGGCCCAGGAGGGGCGGGGUC